AUUGGUCGAAUUGCCGCUUUGCCAGAACAAUUUCCUACUCUAGAAUUUAUGAAUAACUGUCCAAGGCAGUUGGUAACUAAAAGGCUUGCGAUGAACUUCUUACUAUUAUUUUCAAUUUUUGGGGCGAUUGUCGUAAAAAAUGUGCAAACUGCAUCUGGGGCUACUACGUCGGCUAAAGAAACAAUUUUAGAAAUUAAAGCUUCAGUGGAUAAUUGCGCAAAAGAAGCGGGAUUUACUAAGGAACAGCUUAACACUGCGUUGACAAAUUAUGACAAAAAUGCCGAUGACAAAGUUAAAUGUUUCAGAGGAUGCCUUAUGAAAGCUUACAAAGUUAUAACGGACAGUGAAAAAAUCGAUGAAAAUGCAGCUAUAAAAUUCUAUCAUGGUGACAAACUUGAUUCUUUAAAAGUGGCCGUUCAGAAAUGUAUUGCAAACGCUCGUGAUGGAAGUAAUCAUUGUGAUAUAGCUCACAAAUUAGAAUCAUGCAUGUGCUCUGUAUUAAGUGCGUGCUGAUAACAAUACACAUAAUUUGAUGAUAUUAUGAUAUGCAAUAAUCAUAACAAUCAUGCAUCGGACAUAAUUUUUUUUAAUUUUCAAAAUCAACAGUGACGCUUUGAUACGAUAUCAUUCAAUAGUAAAGUCACCAUAAGCCUAUGAAAAUCUUUAUAGAAUUUAUAAAUCAUAAAAAUUAUUCAGUCUUAUAAGCGUAUAUCCUAAAAAUGUAUUCUUCUAUCCACUUUCUUUAUAAAAUUAUAUUUCUCGAUCAACAAUUGUAAGUAAUCUCGCCUUUGUAAUAGUUUCAAAAAUUUUGAUGUUUAAUUGGCGUUUUGUACGUAUAAUAAAUUUUAAUAUCUAUGUAUAUUUAUUUCAUCAUACGUUUGUAAGUUUAUGAUAUACAUAUCUGCGAAUGGUCAGUCUUCACAGUGUCGAUGGAAUAUUAUUUCAUCAGAUCGAUAACAACAUUUCACAUUUACAAAUUCAACUUUGUUACUGACUGCCGAGAGCUUUGGCAAAGCCAGCUCCGGUUACCAUCUGAGUUAUCGGUUGCCAAAUCUUUAUUCGUGUCUUUAAUCGACGAAUGUUAUUCAGUAUCCUUUUCAAUAUUUAAAAAAUGCAGAUUUCUGCAAGUCGAAAAUAUUUAUCUUGCCAAAUAAUUAAAUAAAUGAUGAGUA